GAAAAUAUAAAAAUAUAUUAAAUAUUACAUAAUGAAUUCCAUCCCUAAGUUAGGGGAUAUGUAAAGUAAUUUACAAACUAUGAGUUCUAGCCAAAAGCAAACCUAAGAUUUCAAGUAAUACAGGCUUACCACCACUUCUUUCCCCAAGAGUUAAAAUUGAUCCAACUAAAACAGCUUAAAUUCCCCCGGCUUUUAGAUCUAUUUCAACUGUGAAAAAGAAAUCUAUUGAGAAAAAGGAAGAUACUCGACCAGUUACAGAUAAUACAUAAAAGUAGAAAUCUUAUCCAUCAGCUAAAAAAUAAAAAGGGUAGGGUCUUAUCAUUCGUAAACUCUAGAAUCGCCAAUCAAAAUUAUAAAUAACAAAUUAGGAACCAUAAGAAUAGAUAAUAAAUAAAUUUUAAAGUCCUGCAAUAAGAAUGAUUGAGUUCCCUAUUAAUGGUAUCAAUUCUCUUUGACAUAGACUUUCAUGAUGAUACAUUAAUAAAGGAAGAAGUGCUCUAUUAAAAUGAAUAAGUUAUAGAGAAUAGAUUCACAACCAUGAAGAAUCACUCAUCUUCUAGCUCUUAAAAAUUUGUAUUAGAAUCUUCUAAUUCUAAUAAAUAAGUUUAAGAUUCCUCCUCAAAUUCAUAGUUUGAUUUCAACUCUUAAAUUCCAACAUUUACUGAAGGUGAAAUGAUUGGUGCUGGCUCUUUUGGAUAAGUAUACAUAGCACAAGAGAAUAGAACUGGAAAAAUUUAUGCUGUCAAAAAAAUUAAUCUUAAAGGAGACUUUGAUUAAGAGGAUUUAGAAGGAUUAAAAAGUGAAAUAAAUUUACUCAAAAGUAUCAAACAUUAAAAUAUCAUCCGUUAUGUUUGGAAUUCAGAAAAUGAAGAUUAUUGGUUAUUAUAUUUAGAGUAUUUGUCAUAAGGUAUUCUACUAUAUUAUUAUAGGUACCUUAACUUAAUUAACUGAAAAGUUUGGACCACUUUAAAUUAAUACAAUUCGUUAAUAUUCUAAAUAAAUAUUGCAAGCUAUUGCUUAUUUACAUGAGAAUAAUAUCAUUCAUAGAGAUAUCAAAGGAGCCAACUUAUUAUUAGGUGUUGAUGGAGAAAUUAAAUUAGGAGAUUUCGGAUGCAGUAAGAUUAAAGAAAAAACUAUUUAACGUUCAAAAUAAAGUGGAGACAUCUUACAUUCUCUCAAAGGAAGUAUUCCGUACAUGGCUCCAGAAGUAAUAUUAUAUAUGAUUUUCAGGUUGCUAGUUAAGAUGAGAAUUGUAGAGCUAGUGAUAUUUGGUCAUUUGGAUGUACUGUUUUAGAAAUGGCUACAGGGAAAAAACCAUGGCAUGAACACAAUUUCGAUAAUGCUUUGAGUGCUCUAUUAUAUAUAAUCACAGAUAAUGCACUACCUCAUAUACCUGAAGAUUUGGAUCAAGAUCUUUAAUAGUUUAUAAAGAUUUGUUUAUAAAGGGAUCAUAAAUAAAGACCAACUGCUAUGCAUUUGUUAUAACACUAAUUUAUAAUUAAUUAAUGA